AUGACCGAGCUUGUGAGUUCUCACACCGCAUCCAUACAAAAGUUAGAAAUGCAAAUGAGAGAUCUAUCAAGAGAGCAAAAUCCGAAGCAGAAGGGCACACUCCCGAGUGACACAAUAGCAAACCCAAAAGGUAAUGGGAGUGGUACCGCUUCUCAUUGUAUAUCAAUCACAACUCGAAGUGGGAAAAUACUUCAAGGAGAGAAUGAACAAAUAGUCGAAGUGGAAGAUCCUGAACAAGAGGUGAAAAUUCAAGAAGUGAACCGUGAAGAGGUUAAGGAAAAGGUAAAAGAGACACCAAAAGUUCUAGAACCAGUUCAUAUACCUCCUCCUCCUUUCCCUCAAAGACUUGCUAGGAGGGUUGAUGAUAGCAAACUUGAGAAGUUCUAUGAUAUUCUCAAGCAAUUAUCGGUGAACAUUCCAUUUGUGGAAGCAUUUCAAGAGAUGUCGGUUUUUGCUAAGUACUUGAAGGACUUGAUCACCAAGAAGAAAACCACCAAGAAUGAAGUUGUGAAUGUGCCUCAUCGAGUUAGUUCUAUCAUUGUAAUAACCAUCGUUCAAAAGAAAGAGGACCCUGGGGAAGUUCCUCCUGCCGACUUUGUUAUCCUUGACUGUGUUGUUGAUAAAGAAAUCCCUAUCAUCUUGUGGAUAUUGUUCCUUGAUACCGGAAGAGCACUCAUGGAUUUAGAACGAAAUGAGAUUAAGUUCCGAGUUAAUGAUGAAGAGGUUACCUUUCAAGCGAGUAAGGGUAUGAAAUUUCCACAUGCAUACGAAAGCAUCUCAGUCAUUGAUAUUGUUGAUGAGGUAGAGGAUGCAGUCGAGUUGAAGAUGGAAGAAGAAUGCCUUGGUGAGGCAUUGGCGGCUAUUUUGGUUGAACACUUGUUGGAUACCUUAAGGGAGCACAGACAUGCCAUUAAGUGGACAAUAGCAGAUAUCGGAGGAAUUCCCGAUGGAAUUUGUGAGCACAAAUACAAUUGGAGCAAGAGAGCAAACCUAGCGUGGAGCAUCAAAAAGAAAGGAGGCAUGACCGUGAUUCAAAAUGCCAAGAAUGAGCUCAUCCCAACGAGGACGGUGACUGGGUGGAGAGUUUGCAUGGACUACCGGAAGCUCGAUAAUGCUACUUGGAAGGACCAUUUCCUUAUGCCUUUUAUUGAUCAAAUGCUUGAUCGGCUAGCGGGAAGGUCAUUUUAUUACUUCUUGCAUGGAUAUUCUGGCUAUAACCAAAUCAACAUCGCCUUAGAAGAUCAAGAGAAGACAACAUUCACAUGCUUGUAUGGGGCCUUUGCCUUUAGCCGUAUGCUAUUUGGGCUAUGCAAUGCCCCGGCUACCUUUCAACGGUGCAUGAUGUCAAUCUUCUCGGACAUGGUGGAGGAUUUCUUAGAGGUGUUUAUGGAUGACUUUUCUGUAGUUGGUGACUCCUUUGAGCAUUGCCUUGACAACCUUAGGUAA